GGAACAUCUUCAUUGGCGGACAAAUUUACAGUAACACGCCUUAGCUUAUGGCCGAACGAAAUUGACUAUUAUUAAUAAAUAAUCGACAGCUGAAAUAUUCAAAACGUUUUCAAGUAGCAGUCAAGGACAAAACAAUUAAGAAAGUUACCUAUUAUUGUUAUUUGUUAAAUCCUCUUCGUGAUGGUGCAACGUGUAUCAAAAUAAGGGUUGUAAAGUGAAAAAGAAAAUUGAUGUGAUAUUGUUUUAUCUAUAUAGUUUUAAUUUUACUGAUGUUCGCAAAAUUAAGGAAUCGACAAUAGGACUGAAAAUGGAUUGGGAAGACACCGUCACUGUUGAACAUGUUGAUACAGAAUGGCACCAAUAUUUCCAGAACGCUUUGAAAACAGAUCACAAAUUGGAUUAUAAUCAAAAUAAUCAUUGUUGGUGCAAAUGCUCAGAAAAUGGUAUCGAUUUCGAAAUGACUGACAAUGAAAGGCAACACUACAUCUCAUUCCUAGUAAAAAUCCCAAAGCUCUUCGAUAAACUCAAGCACUGGCCUAUAACUGAACAAAAACUAUUAGUCCUAGCAGUAGCCAGAAUUAUAUCUAGCAACGAGAAAACAUUUAUUCAAAUAAACACUAAUAGCACUUACAAUGCACUGGUAAAAAUGGCAGAGAUCACUAAAACCACCACGAGUACACCAGUAAAGGUGCGUUAUAUAGAUAUGAUUUGUUCGUUUGUGGAACAUGAAGCCGGAUUGAAAUGGACACUGGAAAAUGAAUGUUGGACUGGGAUUUGGGAUUUGGUGAUGCAAUGUCACGAAGAAAAUUGUGAUGAAGUCAACCAAAACCUUUACAACAUAAUAUCGAAAUUCCUACAAAAAACUUCGAAAUGUUCUCCAAAAAUUUGCGAACACGUGACCAAGCAAAUAAUGCAACCUGUAAUAAGCUCAGCUAACAAAAACUAUCCAAAAACCAAGAAGGAACCAAUCGAAAUGAUCAACAUAAAAGAUUGCAAAAACCUUGAACAAACUCUGAAGUGCUCAAUAGGAAUCCUGGAACGACUUUUAGCAAACAUCAGCGAGACUGGAUCGGAGGCUCUUAAAUAUUUUUCGCAUCUAUUACAUUCGUGUGAAAUUUUGAGCAUAUUGUCUAAUAAUAUUGAAUCUUCUAUGCAACUGAAUUGCGUGAUGACGAUUUUGUGCUUUUAUGGAAUCACUGAACUUUUUGACGGGAUAACAGUUGUGAAUCACGAUCCUCUAGUUUUGAGUGGCUUUUUGAAAAUUGUUGAAAGAGAAAUGAGAAAAGAAAACUUAAAAAGUGUGUUGGAGCUCUUUUACUACGCUCAAAAAUACUGGGACUGCAUCUCGACGAGAGUGCCGAAACAUUUUCAAAAUGGCAAACCGAUAGAUAUUAAAUACGUUCUGACGGCAUUUCAAGUGGAACCAAUAAUGUUGCUUGGCGAAAAGUUGCUGCAGAAUCCUUACUCCGAUGAAGAAACUGAAAAAUUAUUCAGAGAUAUUUCGCUUAAGGCCAUGACUAACAGAAUGAGUGAGGAAUGUGUGAAAUUAGGUUACAAAUUGCGCAGUGAAUACGCAAAAGCUCCAAUGGGAAGUGAACUAACAGCUUUCAAAUGCAUCAUCAAAUCCAAACCGUUGUAUUCCCGCGAAUGCCUCGCAUUGGUUUUCCAAAUCCUAAUAUACGGUUUCAAGGAUUUUGUAAAAUAUGUUAACGGAGACGCGAAACUUGCAGAAAUCGAGCACAACCAACUGAUUGGUGAAGGUAUGCUGCAAGCUAUUCUAGUAUUUUUGGAGGAUUUUGAUUUGUCUUGGAGAGAGAGCCUGGGAAGUUUGGAGCUGCCCGGCUUGAACUAUGAAUUUUAUACUUGUACAAAUAAAUGGAAUCCAAAUGUGGUUUUAUUGUUUUUAAAAAUCUUAGAUAUUACGAUAUCGAAAAACUUGUCCGCGAAUAUGGUUUUAUUGGUAGAUUAUAAUUCAGACCAUGUGGAUGGAUUGGAUAAUAUGGGAAGCAUGCUUUUGGGAAAAUGUGCCAGUCAUAAGGUGGAAGUAAGGGAGGCAGCAAUGACGGUGGUGUGCACGAUUUGUGAGAAGGUCAACGAAGGCUUUAAAUCUUUUGAGCGAAUUUUACUUCACCAUGUAACUUUAGACAUCAUACUGACUAUAGCGACCAGUGAUUUUAUCAACUCAAUACGUGCCAUUGCUCUCACUUGUCUUCAAAAAAUGAUUGUUAUGAAUCAAUUUGAAGCGUAUUUUUUAAGCUCACCAUUUAUUAAUAAAAUUAUUGAACAUAUCGCCAAAGAAAAAGACCCUAAUGCUCUGAAAGUAUCCUUGAAACUAAUCAGACAAAUUUAUGAGAAUAAUUAUAAUAAAAUAACAGAUAAUUUAGUACAAAUAUAUAGUUUAAUGUCUAAGGUAGCUAUUGAAGGAGAAAAUAUGGACGUUCAAGAGGAAGCUGUUAAAUUUUGGGAGUUUGUAACGAGGCAAAAUUUGGAGAGACAAGGCAUGAUUGAUGAUGAUUUUCCCAAUGUCACCUUUUCAAAAGAACAAAAAAAAAUAAUUCGAUUAGACGAAAAAGAAAUCCGUAAAAGACUAUUUCAAGCCAUGGAUAGCAUGAGCAAAACUGGUUGUUUCAACGUUUACCGACAAAUUUUAGUAAACCCGGAUACUCCGGCGAAUGUUUUGGCAACUACUAUUACAAUAAUCACAAAUUUUUCGAAAUUAUUGAAACGAUACGACGUCACUCGUGAAUUUAUAACGUUGAAUCAAAACUAUCCGAAUCUGUGGUCGAUUGCUAGUAACAUAGAAUCGCCUGCAUCGAAUUGUGCCGUUAACGAUGAAAGCUUGGGAGAAUUGAUUGAGGAAACUAUGAUGCAAAUGACUGGUGAAUUAUCUUUUACUGAAAUGUUUCCUUUGCCUUCUAAUUUAAAUGAAGCAGGAGAGUUUUUAAUGUUGAAAGAUCCAGAAAAUCCGAUAGUACAAGUUAGCCCUGUUGAUUUUAUAGAAUUUAUUUAUAGAAAGUUGCCUAGUCUGAGAACAUAAGUAAACCAAUCAUUGAUAAAGACAAUAGGAGUUUUAAUUCUUCAACUAUAACUAUUUUUUCACUAUAAAUUUUGAAUCUGAGGAAACUAAAUAAAACAUGUCAACUUUUUGAAAGUAUUUAAGUGCAAAUCAAUUGUGGGCUGAGUUUUGAAUCCAAUCUCUAGAAAACACCAAUAAAUUCAAGUACA